AUGAAACUGCCGUUUCUUCUGAAUACGGCAUCCAGAGCAUGUUCUACAAGUGACGUUGAGGGCUUACUCUCAAAACUUGAACGGGUGAUUUCGAGAUUAGACGGACCGCAGGUGUCCAACAUCCUCAAUCUUCUUUCGAAGAAGGAUGUGGAGCACAGUAAGACGUCGUGGACUCGUAUUUCACGGGCAUUGUUGGCCAGACCUGUGCAAAGAAAAGCUCCGGAGAAUAACUGCCGUGAGUGGUCUGCCCAUGGCCAUGAUACCGACCAGUUACAUCAUCAGUUUGCGCCAGCCGAUGACACCGUUGUGACAUUAAAUUUGAACAAGGUUUCAUGUAGUUAUAAUUAUGCCGAAAACAAGGAAAGUCACCGUAGUGAUGAUAAAAACCGCCUGUCUAGUGCGUUGUGCACUUACGACAUAAAGGACGUCAUCAUAAUACUGAAUGCAUUCUCCAAAGUGGGCGUAGUUCCACCUGAGUUGAUGGUUGCGGUAGUUGAAAUUGUAGUGAAACAACUCAACGCAAUCGGAUCUCACGAGAUAUCGACCUUGAUACAUACAUUGGGAAAACACGGUAUGAUUGACGAUCUCAAAGCGGUGCUGGACGGUUGCAAGACUGUUGAUGACCGUUCUUUGAACGAACACGACUACUCAAUGAUUCUUACAGCACUGAUUUUGAACGAAAGCAAACUGAAAAAAUCUUUUGCUUUUGACAAACUAGUUGGUGUAAUAGAUAGCAAGUGUGAAAGCAUGAGCGACAAGUCGAUUGCAAUACUCGUGAAUUCCCUUGCAAAAUUCGGAAAGGACGAAAGGGGUAUUUUGCUGCUGCUCGUACCUUUGAUCAUCAAACGAUUUAGAGACGGAUCCUUUGAUCCAAUGUCAGUCUCACAAAUAGCCAACGGUGUAGCAAGACUCGACCUUUUAAAUCCAGAGCUGAUGACCGCAAUAGCACAGAGAAUACGGUGUGACAAAAAUAACUUUAGCACAAGAUGCAAAGUUACAAUACUCAAUGCGUUUCAUAAGUUGAACUUUUUCGAUUCCAAGCUUUUCGAGGAUUUGGUCGCCGACCUGACUUCGUGUAACGCCGAUAUGACACCGCAAUGCGUUGCUAAUACGGUCGCAGCUGUUGCCCACUUCAGCGAUAAGAUGCGACAUAAGGAUCUAUUACCGCUGCUUAAGGCGCUUUACCACAGGGUUUGCAUGAUGAAAUCGUUAAGGAGGUUCACUAUGCAAAACCAGGCUAACAUUCUCAACGGAUUUUCAAAAAUCGGACUGCACGAUAAGGAGAUCUACAUGCUCCUGGGAGAUAACAUGUUAGGUAUGAAAGGGCAAUUGAAAUCCAUAGACGUGGCCAUCAUUCUCAAUGCGUUUGCACGGGCCAAGGUAAUGCACAACAUAGUAGCGUACCUAUGCGAGAACCUGCAAGACUACCUAGCUGGAAUGAAGGCACAAGAAUUGACCUGUUGUAUCGCAUCGCUAAAUAGACUCCGUAAAUGCGACAUUGAAGCCGGAGAUUGUGAUGAUAGCUGCACGUGGAUGUCAGCGAUAAACGCCAUUAAAAGUUUUCUGGUUUUGUAUCCUAAUGUGAUCCACACUUUCAGGCCUCUGGACGUCAGACUAACGAUGACAGUCUUCUCUGAUUGCGGCAUAGUUGACCACGGGCUAUACACGAUGCUACUGGAGCGUUUGGAAGAGGAUCUCAGGCGUGCGUCUAUGUGGGAUGUCGUCUGCGUUCUUUCAAGUCUUGUUAACACCGGUUAUGUUGUGAAUACACGCUUCUUGGAUGCUGUGGAGGCUUCAUUGCCGUUUAUCGGAAAGUGCAAGAACAGAGCAAGGGGUGACGCAAACGCUAUGCGAAACACCAUCGAACGGAUGCAAGUUAAACACUCAUUAUUGGACAAACUUGCUCAAUACACAUGA